UUUGUCUGCACUAUUUCCGCACCAAGAAAUAUUCCCCCCUCUACCAAAUUGCCUUCCUUUCUCUCAGGACUCCACACAAAGACACACGCAGGAAUCUGCUACUUUAGCACUCACAAAGUAGCAAUUAACAGAAACCUAUCGGUCCAUGAGAAGUUCCUUAACGAUCACGGCCGUUUCUGACACGGAAUGGCAUAAAGAGCUUUGAUCCACGAAAGUCGCAAGAAGCUUCGCUGCCAUACAAAUCUUUUCGUCCUCGAAUUAUCUUCUUCCACGAAAGAAUCGUCGUCAAUCCAAAUCCUUAAUCCGGUUCCAUGGCUGUGCCUUGCUUGUUCCUUUGAUCUUUGCUGCAACUUCGGAGAAAGUAAGAGAAGACGAAGGAGGAGGUCUUGUCUUCCUCCUUCGCAUGGUAUACUACUACAGGGCGGUGCAGGGCUUUCCCCUGUCGAUCGCUGCCUGAGCUAGCAGCGUCCGUGAAUAUGGGCGGAGUGUUGAGCGCGCUGUUCGGCGGCCACCGGAGGGGACCGGCCGGGGCAGAGAGGAUGGCGUCGACGAGGAGCCGUGGACUGACGGGUAACACCAGCGGCGACGGCGAUCACCGACGGAGGGCGAUGCUGUCAAAGAAGUACUCGUACAUACCCGACACCUACACCUCUCUCGAGCAGGUGUUCGAUCAUCUCAAUCCUCAUGGGAUUAUUCUUCAGCUCACCUCUUGCCAAGCAUUUCUUCAGUGUUUUCAUUCCAGUUUCACGCGUUUGAUCUCUCAGGUGACGGCGGCACUGCGCGACCAAGGCCUAGAGUCAUCGAACCUGAUACUCGGGAUCGACUUCACCAAGAGCAAUGAAUGGUCAGGGAAGCGGUCGUUCAACGGACAGAGCCUGCACAAGCUGGGCAGCACGCCCAACCCUUACGAGACGGCCAUCGGCAUCAUCGGCAAGACCCUCGCUCCCUUCGACGAGGACAACCUCAUCCCCUGCUUCGGCUUCGGCGACGCGACGACGCACGACUACAACGUCUUCAGCUUCCACCAGGACAACUCGCCGUGCCAUGGCUUCGAGGAGGUGCUGGCCUGCUACCGGAACGUCGUGCCACACCUCAGGCUGUCAGGGCCGACGUCUUUCGCGCCCAUCGUGGAGGCCGCGGUUGACAUCGUGGACAGGACAGGAGGGCAGUACCAUGUCCUGGUCAUCGUCGCUGACGGCCAGGUCACGAGAAGUAUUGAUACAAGCGAUGGUGAUCUGAGCCCGCAGGAGAGAAGAACAGUGGACUCCAUUGUCAUGGCCAGUUCCUACCCGCUGUCCAUCGUGCUUGUUGGAGUUGGGGAUGGCCCAUGGGAGGACAUGCAGAAGUUCGACGACAAGCUCCCCGCGCGCGCCUUCGACAACUUCCAGUUUGUGAACUUCACCUCGAUCAUGUCGAGGAACGCGACGCUGCAGCAGAAGGAGUCGGCCUUCGCGCUCGCGGCGCUCAUGGAGGUGCCCAUCCAGUACAAGGCCACGAUGGAGCUCGGUAUCCUUGGCCGGACAACGGGGAAGGCCAAGAGGGUCGUGCCGGCUCCGCCACCGCUGCCGGCCUCUGCGCAGAGGCAGCCGUCGUCGUUGAGGCGGGAAGGUAGCGGCGCGAACGCCACGGCGCCGGCGGAGCCAAGAGAGGAUCAGGUGUGCCCCAUCUGCUUGACCAAUGCCAAGGAUCUAGCAUUUGGCUGUGGCCACAUGUGUUGCAGGGAGUGUGGGGAGAACCUUACCAGAUGCCCAAUAUGUCGAGAGACAAUACGGUCCAAGCUGAGGCUAUACUCGUGAUGAUAGCAACCAAACCUAUAUUUGUAUUUGUUCCAAAUGUGAAGCAUUGUGCAAAGGAAAUGCUACGAUUAAUUGUCGAUACUCAUUAGGCUUCCUGAAUUAUUCUGAUUGUUUGGUUCUA